CUCUUCCCGCGGCACCCCCAUCACUCCGCCAGAUCGAAGAAGGGCAAGGAGGCGAGGCGCGGCGGCGCCGAUGGCGAGCCCCGCUGGGUUGGGUUCGCCUCUUGGCAAAAUUUCAGCGCUACUCCCAGAUAAGCAAUGAUGACACAACACCAAAGGUCAGAGAAGACUUUUGAGAAAGCGAUGGGAUCAAGUUGUUAGCUAGCAUCCAUGUAUCAUGAUUCCCUGAUCCUGCUGUGCCAAUAUAAAUGAAGGGAGCUUGUUACUUGGUCACAAGCUAGACAAGGCCAUGCAUCGCUUUACAUGACACAGAAGUUCAUUUUCCUGCAAUUUGAUUGUCACCAAGUAGGAUUUUUAAAUGAUCUGUUCUUUUUUCCAAAGAAAGCGUAGGGGAAAAGGUCGUCACCAAGACAGCAAGUAGGUUGUAAAGAAAGUAUCUGACGGCCGGUUCAGGUCAACUCAAUCCAAGCUGUCUAAAUACAUGUUGUUGCUGCUGUGUACUCUGUAGGCUGUACUCCUUAGUUUUCUUGUUUCAUAAAGAAAUUACCUUGAGAUAUAAUAGUAAUGCAGAUGCCAGGUAUACUCGUUUAUUGUUAGAUCAGUAAUGAUGAGGCAACAUCACAACAUCAAAGGUCAGAGAAGACUUUUGAGAAAGCGAUGGGAUCAAGCUGUUAGCUAGCAUCCAUGUAUCCUGAAGGGAGCCUGUUGCCAAUAUAAAUGAAGGGAGCCUGUUGUUUAGUCACAAGCUAGACAAGGCCAUACAUCGAUCGCCAUCAUUCCAAUGGCGUCUGCUGUGGCAAGCAGCGACAAGCAGCAGGACAUCCCGACCGUCGACGCCGACCAAGCGCGCGCCCUCUUGAGCUCCGGCCACAGCUACAUCGAUGUCAGGAUGCUGGAGGACUUCGACAAGGCGCAUGCCCCCGGUGCUCGCAAUGUGCCCUACUACCUCUGUGUCACGCCCCAAGGGAAGGAGAAGAAUCCGCACUUCGUUGAGGAAGUAGCUGCACUCUGUGGCAAGGACGACAGCUUCAUUGUGGGUUGCUUCACGGGGAACAGAUCCAGGUUCGCGACUGCAGACCUUCUAAACGCGGGAUUCAAGAAUGUGAAGAACCUGGAAGGUGGCUACCGCUCCUUUCUCCGGAGUGCAAAUCAGCAGCCAGGCCAACAGUAGCAACCAUCACCA